AUGGCGGGUUUGGCGGAAAGAGAAUACCAGCGGAUUGGCAGAAGUGAUCCCAAAGAAAUCGAUCCUUAUUUCUUCCAGAAAUUCGACUCUGAAGGACUAAAGGAGAUGCAUAGCUCAAUAACAGCAAUUCGAAAUGCUGUUAAGUAUGUCAAAUCUUCUCUUGCAAGGUUACAAAAGUUCAAAGAUUGUGUGAAGCAAGAGAAAGUUGAAUAUAAGGGUUCGUUGGUUUUAGAUGUCCCGACUAGGUGGAACUCAACAUACAUAAUGUUAGAUGUUGCUAUUAAGUUCCAAAAGGCUUUUGAUAGAUAUGAAGAAGAGGAUGAAAAGUUCUUAGGAUACUUUUUGGAAGAAGAUGGUGGGAAGAGAAAAGUGGGACCACCAAUGGAGGAAGAUUGGGCAAAUGCUAAGUUGAGUGAGUUGUGUGAAAGUAGUGAUUGCUUGUUGUCGACCAUGGCUUUUGGGAUGAGAAGGAAGUUUGAAAAAUAUUGGGGCAAUGGGGAAAAUUUAACUGGGUUGAUAAUGAAAAAAAUAGAGAAAUGGCAGCAAAUACACCCAAAGAACGACAUGUUCAAGCAGUCAAUGAGUUGUUUAAGUCAAUUCUUCAAGCAACGAGGGGAUUAUAUGGAGAAAAAUGACCUGGAUAGGUAUCUAGUUGAUGAGAAUGUGAACCCUUUAACCCAUGAUUUUGAUAUUUUAGAAUGGUGGAAAGAUAAUAGUAAGAAGUUCAAGGUUUUGUCCCAAAUUGCCCGUGACGUACUUGCUGUCCAAGUCUCCACAGUUGCUUCCGAGUCAGCUUUUAGUACUGGUGGUCGCAUUCUGGAUCCAUUUAGGAGUUCUUUGAAUCCUAAGAUGGUGGAGGCUCUUGUUUGUACUCAAAAUUGGUUGAAGUCUACACAUGAUUCUAUUCAAGUAAAAGACUAUUUGGAUGACUUGGAGACUUAUGAAAAUCUAGAUAACUCAACUUCAUGUCCUACUACAACCAUUGAGGAGCCUAUGAGUGUGGAUUGA